AUGAUGAAGGUGUUUAACGAUUAUGAAAUUGACAGCUACCUCCUGAGCUUGAACUCGCAGCACAUCCAGCGAUACCAGAGAAUACUAGCAGACGUGCUUCUCGCGUAUGCCGCGGACCCUACAAUUAUCCCACAACGGACCGUGGAGCAAACCAUGUUGGGUCCCACUCACUUAUUUAUGCCCACAACUGGUGCAGAUGUGGGUAUCAAGGUUCUUACCUCUUCCCAGGAAGGCUUCAAGGGUGCUACCUUCAUCUUCAGCCCGUUGAACGGCGAGUUGCAAUGCGUGUUGAAUGCGUACACAUUAACGGCCUUCCGCACCGCCUUGGCCACCACUUUAGCCUUGGUAAAAGUCCAGCCAAUUUCUGGGUACAGGGAAAACGAAAGUCUCAUUGUGUUUGGCGUGGGGCCGCAGAGUUUUUGGCACGUCAAACUCACCGUUACGUUGUAUCCUGGGAGGUUCAGCACGGUGUAUGUGGCCAACCGUACCGUCUACAACGCGGAAAGAUUCAUCACGGAGAAGUUUAGCAGCGCAUUUGGGGGAAUCCGCUUUGUCCCAUUAUCUACUGUCUCUCAAGACGCCGAAGUGGGACAGGCUGUGGCCGAGUGUAGCGUCAUCUUCGGCUGCACUCCCUCCACGGUCCCUGUUAUCAGGGGUGAGUGGCUCUAUGCUAGCAGAAAGUUGUCUUAUGAAGGCUCCAAAUUCAUCGGCCUAAUCGGAAGCUAUAAACCGCACAUGAUGGAGAUUGACUCGGAAUUGGUUGAGUGCUACACACAGGAACAUUCGUUCAUUGUCGACUCCAAAGAGCACACGCUCCACGAGGCGGGUGAGUUCAUCUCCAAUAGUAUUGAUGGAACUAAGCUCGUUGAAGUUAGUGAAUUGUGGGGUGAAUCUGACCACAACUUUUCCCUGCUGAAGUUGGUUAUUUGUAAGAUGGUCGGCUUAGCUAUCAUGGAUGUGGCAGUGGGUAGCCAGGUCAUGAAGGAUAACGUGACAUCGGAUGCCGGCGUCAGCGUUGCCUUCUAG